AAUGAAAACAGAAAACAGAAAAAGAGGCUGUGCCUGCCCCGCGAGGUAGACGACCGUCCUCUCUCGAACCCUCCCGCGCCCGUCGGAUACUUCGUGGGGAUCGCGUGGCGGAGACGAGCACCACACGUACGCGCCCAACGGACAGAACCGUCACGGCACGGGAUUCCUAAUCCUUCUCCACCCAGCAUAAAUAAAUACUGCCCCCCUCCCUCCAAUCCUCACCGCAGCUCCCAGGAACGGAACCAACGAAUCCCCAGCCAAUCUCGUCUCCGAUCGACCCCAGGCUCGUCGAAUCCUCCUCCCCCGCCGCCUCAAGAUGCAGAUCUUUGUGAAGACCCUCACCGGCAAGACCAUCACCCUCGAGGUUGAGAGCUCCGACACCAUCGACAACGUCAAGGCCAAGAUCCAGGACAAGGAGGGCAUUCCCCCGGACCAGCAGCGCCUUAUCUUUGCUGGCAAGCAGCUGGAGGAUGGCCGCACCCUUGCUGACUACAACAUCCAGAAGGAGUCCACCCUCCACCUUGUCCUGCGGCUGCGUGGUGGCAUGCAGAUCUUCGUCAAGACCCUCACUGGCAAGACCAUCACCCUUGAGGUUGAGAGCUCCGACACCAUUGACAACGUCAAGGCCAAGAUCCAGGACAAGGAGGGCAUUCCUCCGGACCAGCAGCGCCUCAUCUUUGCUGGCAAGCAGCUGGAGGAUGGUCGCACCCUCGCUGACUACAACAUCCAGAAGGAGUCCACCCUCCACCUUGUCCUGCGUCUGCGUGGUGGCAUGCAGAUCUUCGUGAAGACCCUCACCGGCAAGACCGUCACACUUGAGGUGGAGUCGUCUGACACCAUUGACAAUGUCAAGGCCAAGAUCCAGGACAAGGAGGGCAUUCCCCCGGACCAGCAGCGCCUUAUCUUUGCUGGCAAGCAGCUGGAGGAUGGCCGUACCCUUGCUGACUACAACAUCCAGAAGGAGUCCACCCUUCACCUUGUCCUCCGCCUUCGGGGAGGCAUGCAGAUCUUCGUCAAGACCCUCACCGGCAAGACCAUCACGCUUGAGGUGGAGUCUUCUGACACCAUCGACAACGUCAAGGCCAAGAUCCAGGACAAGGAGGGCAUUCCCCCGGACCAGCAGCGCCUUAUCUUCGCAGGCAAGCAGCUGGAGGAUGGCCGCACCCUCGCGGACUACAACAUCCAGAAGGAGUCCACCCUCCACCUUGUCCUGCGUCUGCGUGGUGGCAUGCAGAUCUUCGUGAAGACCCUCACCGGCAAGACCAUCACACUUGAGGUGGAGUCGUCUGACACCAUUGACAAUGUCAAGGCCAAGAUCCAGGACAAGGAGGGCAUUCCCCCGGACCAGCAGCGCCUGAUCUUCGCCGGCAAGCAGCUGGAGGAUGGCCGCACCCUUGCGGACUACAACAUUCAGAAGGAGUCCACCCUCCACCUUGUGCUCCGCCUCCGUGGUGGUCAGUAAUUGCCCUGGCGUUGGACCUGCUGGUUUAUGCUUGGUCGUUCGUUGUGUCCGUUUCAUUUGAACUGUUUCAUUGUUCGCAUCAGUCCUAUGUUGGUUUAAUGAACUAUCGAGUCACUGUUACGUGUUUGGUUUACGAAGUUGCUGGUACAGUAACAUCUAAGUAAUGAAUAAAUGAACUUUCGGGUAAA